CCCGCAGUACCCAACUUGGGACGGUCGUAGCUCUCACAAACUAGUGUUGUCUAUCGCCGAACUCUGCGUGCUGUAUUUCAUGCUCCAUUGCCUUCACAACUCGCGUAAGUCGUCGACAUGAACAAAAAUCAGUAUGAGCAAGAGAAGGAAAUUCGGGAGUUGCUACGUCGGGCCGACCGACAUGCAGACAGGACGGGAAAUCUGCGGAGAGAAACCUUGCGACGACUUAUAGAGCUGGCUCAUUCUCCUUCACCGGCGCUGAAAAGCUUAGUUGCCUCGAACAUCAAGUAUUAUAUCAAGGACUUCCCGGAUUUGGAGGAUGAUGCUAUAAACGCUGUCUAUGAUCUAUGCGAAGACCCCAUAUCAAAGAUACGGAUAGAGGGAUACCACGCCAUUGUUCAGGUGUCAAGAGAGCAGAGGAAAUUUAUUAAGAGGAACGCGGAUGUGCUGGUGCAAUUGCUUCAAAGUGACGAACCCGCUGAGGUAGUCGUUGUGAAGAAGGCCCUGCUAGAGCAUAUUGACAUGGACCCCCGUGUAACGCUGGGGGUCCUCUGCGAUCAAGUAGUACCGCAUGAAGAGCCUAUGGACGAGGAAGAACAGGCAAUACGGGAACGACUACGAUCACUCGUCUUAGCCUUUCUCACGGGAGAAGCCAAGCGAUCCAUUAUUGAGCGCCAUGCAGCUGAUCCGGAGUGCGAACGCGUCCUCGUCGAAGGCCUUUCACCGGCGAUUUCGAGGUUAUCCUUCCCUGACGUUGACCUUAUUGUCCGAAACAUCCUCCUGGCUCUCCCCUCAUACCGCUCAUAUUCAUCCAGUGGCGACAAGCUUAUCCAGUCUAUCUUAGCAAGAGCACGGUCGAUCCUCGCGCAGGAGCUACGGCCAUCUGGAGGUCUCCUGUCCCUCCCGUCAACUCGGCAGUAUCUUAAUCUUGCGGCAUUCGUUUCUCUUGAACGGCAUGCGGCUCAGCCGCUCCACCUUGUGCGCUUUUAUUGCACUACCCUCCUUAACCGGAUGGCGUUAUCAAGGCUGGAAAGUGGCGUUCAAACGGCUAUUAUCCACGACUUUGCUGAAGCUUUGGAAGCUUCCACUUCUGACAACGCCCGACCCAAGAACCCGGUGUCGGAGGAAAUACUAUCUGUGCGCAAUCAAGCCGUGGAUGCGUCUGUCAUUCUAUUUGAGAGGCUUGCAGAGUCAGGAUUACGAGAGAAGACGUGGGACGACUGCCGGAAGCUUAUCCGGGCUGUCUCUCAGCGCAAGCAGGAAAACGAUUGGUCGCCACCAAUUCCCGUGGUCGCAGCAAUGCGCAAGAUUCAGGCUCUCGCACGGUCGGAAGACCAUGCUCAGGACAUUCAAGACCUUAUAAGGUCCUUGUUAUCUACACCCAAGCCGCCUCUCACGCAGUCGGCAUCUGAUACUAACAUCGUAGAAGGUAAAACGAACAAGGUUAGCGGGCCUGUCAUCCUCAAGCGCAAGAUCGAGCACAGAGACGAAGGGGUUCCACCUCGACCAGCAUCUGUAGUACCCUCAGUACCGAGCCAAAAUGGAGGUCCCAGCAACCGUGCGACAGACGUAACACGCAAGACGGUCCCGACGGCGAGAGGCGAUGCGCGUUCCAGUAACGCGAGCUGGGACAUUCCCCCUCAUGCAAAUAAGAGGGCGAGGACGGACAGCGGGAGCAAAACGCCGUCUUUGUUGAGUCGCCUCAGCACUGCUCCAUCGCAUCCGGGCGCGGAACAUGGACUCCCGCCAAAGCCUGAACUUCAGAUUCGAGGAAGAGGGAGUCAAGUCCGACCGCGUUCACCCCAACCAGACAAGAGUCUCUCCGGGGGUCUCAGCAUUAAGGGUGCGGCCCGGGCUGCAACUCGGAACAGCGGUGAGGGGCCGCCUCCGUCUCGGACGUCGCUGUUGGAUAGGCUCUCUGCAGGUGGCAAUGAUUCAUUAGCGGAGAGGAUAGAAGGGGAUGUGGGGAAUAGGAAACAGAAGAGGGGGAGGGGGGUCUGAUCGUUCCUGUCUGGGUUCCGAGUGUAACAGGUAUCAGGAUGUUCUUGAAUACAGAUGACAAGACUGCCGUCGGGUUAUCGCAGCUUCA